UAUAUCUAUAUCUAUCUUAGAUGCACAACUCCAAAACACACAAACAACAAUGGAGGUUAGUUUCUUGGAAACCUUAAAAACCCAACCUUUUUGGGUCAUUACUCUAUUUAUUUUGGGUUCUACAUAUCUUCUAAGGAUUUCAGUUUCCAUAUUGAAUUGGGUUUACAAGAAUUUCUUAAGACCGCCAAAAAACAUCACGAAAUAUGGAUCAUGGGCACUUAUUACUGGCUCAACAGACGGCAUUGGCAAAGCUUUUGCCUUUGAAUUGGCCAAAAAAGGACUAAACUUGAUCUUGGUGGGCAGAAACCCAAAGAAACUGGAAGAUGUUACUAACGAGAUCAAAUCAAAGUUCUCAAAAACCGAGAUCAAGAACGUCGUUUUUGAUCUUUCUGGUGAUUUAUCUGAGGGUAUAAAGAAGAUUAGUGAUGUAAUUGAGGGAUUAGAUGUUGGUGUUCUGAUUAAUAAUGCAGGGAUAUCGUAUCCUUAUGCAAGGUUUUUUCAUGAAGUGGAUGAUGAAUUGUUGAAUAAUUUGAUUAGAAUUAAUGUUGAAGCGACUACUAAGAUAACACAGGCUGUGUUACCGGGGAUGUUGAAAAGAAAGAAAGGCGCAAUUGUGAAUAUUGGUUCUGGUGCUGCUGCUAUUAUCCCAUCGUAUCCUCUUUACGCCGUGUAUGCUGCAACUAAAGCGUAUAUUGAUCAGUUUUCGAGGUGUUUGUAUGUUGAAUACAAGAAGAGUGGAAUUGAUGUCCAGUGCCAGUUCCCAUUAAAUGUAGCAACAAAGAUGGCAUCUAUCAAGAGGUCUUCCUUCUUUGUACCAUCAGCAACUGGAUAUGCAAAGGCAGGGUUACGGUGGCUGGGCCAUGAACCACGUUGCACACCUUACUGGCCUCACUCACUCGUCUGGGCUCUGUUGGACUCCUUGCCUGAGUUUGCUGUUGAUUCUUGGCUUCUCAACUUCGGUCUCAAAAUCAGAAAGAAGGGACAACUCAAAGAUUCACGGAAAAAGGAGUGAGGGAAGUUUAAUAAUUAUGAUUAGCUUUGCUCAAGUUCAUUUGUUGUAUCUUAUCAAAGAGCUAUUUAACUUGUAAUGGUUAUUUUAUUUGAUUAUUGAGAUCUUAUUUUCCAACA